AUGAAGCUUUUCUCAACCAGUCUUGUAGCUGUGUCAGCCCUCGCUGGCUUCUCCUAUGCAUGGGACGUAACGAGCUACCGUUACAUCAGCGACUGCCGAGUCCACGACGACGGCGCAUACAGGUACUACGAAGGCAGCGACUCCAAAACGUGCCACAACCUCGCUGGGGGCGACUCGGGCGCGAGCUGCACCCAGUACACCAACGGCGGCGAUCACCACGCCAACUGUGACGGUAACAUGGUUGUACCGGGAAGCAUAUACGUGGGUGGUGACACUCGCUGUGCUUUCUUCACGGAUACCAACUGCAGGGGAACGCGUAGGGAGGGAAGCAACAGGGUUUGUGUUAGCGGAGCAUUCAAGUCUUUUGCCUGCAACAUUUGA